GCAGGGCGCCUGGCAACCGGGGCGCCGUGCAUGUAGGGCCGCCGGGGGCUGCCGCCGCCCCCCCCUUCCCCCUCCCCCCCCGCCGGGCCCCGCGUCCCCCUCCCCGCCCCGGACAAGGCGUUUAACGUGCCCAGGCGUGAAGUAUGGCAUGCAAAGAUGGUUUCUGCCAAGGAGCCAGCCAUCGCCAUGUCCUCGGGUCUCUCCAUCGCCCUCCUGCACUGCCUGUGCCUGGCGACGUGUCUCACCGGGCCGCCAGGGCAGAGCAAAAAAGAGGAGAAAUUGUGGCCGGAGAAUUUCACCAGCAUCCUGAACAGCCUCCUGGAUGGCUAUGACAACCGGCUGCGACCGGGAUUCGGGGGUCCUGUUACUGAAGUCAAAACAGAUAUAUAUGUCACCAGUUUUGGACCUGUUUCUGAUGUAGAAAUGGAAUAUACAAUGGAUGUCUUCUUCCGUCAGACAUGGGUAGACAAAAGAUUAAAAUAUGAUGGCCCUAUUGAAAUUUUAAGACUUAACAACUUGAUGGUUUCAAAGGUGUGGACUCCUGACACUUUCUUCAGGAAUGGGAAAAAGUCUGUUGCACAUAAUAUGACAGCCCCCAAUAAACUCUUUAGAAUAAUGAGAAAUGGCACCAUCCUGUACACAAUGAGGCUUACAAUAAGUGCAGAGUGUCCCAUGAGAUUAGUGGAUUUUCCCAUGGAUGGUCAUGCUUGUCCUCUCAAAUUUGGGAGUUAUGCUUAUCCAAAGAGUGAAAUGAUUUAUACCUGGACAAAAGGACCUGAGAAGUCAGUGGAAGUUCCUGAGGAGUCUUCCAGUUUAGUUCAGUAUGACCUGCUUGGGCAUACGGUAUCCACUGAAACCAUUAAAUCUAUUACAGGUGAAUAUAUUGUUAUGACAGUUUACUUCCACCUCCGACGGAAAAUGGGUUAUUUUAUGAUUCAAACCUAUAUCCCAUGCAUUAUGACUGUGAUCCUUUCUCAAGUUUCAUUUUGGAUAAAUAAGGAGUCUGUUCCAGCUAGAACUGUGUUUGGAAUAACCACAGUGUUGACAAUGACGACACUGAGCAUCAGUGCAAGACAUUCACUGCCAAAAGUAUCCUAUGCUACUGCCAUGGACUGGUUCAUAGCGGUCUGCUUUGCCUUUGUGUUCUCUGCUCUCAUUGAGUUUGCUGCUGUCAACUAUUUUACUAAUAUUCAAAUGGAAAAAGCCAAAAGGAAGACGGUAAAAUCCCUCCUUGAAUUUCCAGUUGCUCCAGUACAAAGACAAAGAAGUACAGAAGAGACACUCAUGAGUACAGAUGCCAAUUCAAAUGUGAGGAAAAGAACGAACGCCACAGUACAGUCCGAAGCUGAUGGUGGGAGUCGAAUUGACACAAGGCACAGCUCCAUCCAGCCUCCCUCUGUAGCUCAGGGGUCUUCUGACAUUACACCCCACUCCCUUCCUGCAUCAAGUCCCAACCCUUUCACACGCAUCAAUGCAUCAGAGACAUUAUCUUCUGCAAGAGCCACCCCUCCAGCUCCUCCUUCUACCCCAAUUUUAACUGGAUUUGUAUCCCAGCAUGCCACAGCUGGAUCCCCUUCCAUUCAGCACUUGCUUGGAUCUAGACUGGAGCAGAUUCAGACCACCACACCUAAUACAUUAGGAGCAUCUGCAAAGCCAUCUGCUGUCACACCACCUGCUCCCCCUGCCUCCCACUCUGGCACGAGUAAGAUAGACAAAUAUGCACGCAUUUUAUUUCCUGUUACCUUUGGAGCAUUUAACAUGGUCUACUGGGUGGUGUAUCUAUCCAAGGAUACCAUGGAAAAAUCGGAAAGUCUAAUGUAGUUUUGCUGCUAUGUAGUAGUUCCUAAAUUAUACUCACAGUUGAUGCAGAGUUUCUUCUUUUGAAACUAUUUAAAAAGGUCAAUAAUUCUUAUUUAUAAAAGCUGUGUGCUACUUUCCCGUUGUAAAGGCUGGAGUUAUUGGGGAUAAUUAGUUGACUCCCACCAGAGUAAUGGGUAACAGAUUUGUCUUCCUCCCUUCAGCUAGCAGUGAACCAUCACUCUGUUCAGACAGACUACUCUGGCUACAUGGAACUUGCCUUUGGGAGGAACGUGCACCCGAAACAAAUCAAACGCAGAGGUGCACAGCUGUGCAGUGGAACACAUCUUGACUGCUAGGAAUAUGCAUGUUGAUUAUUAUAAAUGCCUGAGGCACCCAGCACUGCUGUCUGGACACAGCAUUGCAUUCUCUGAGUGCAAGGCCCAUGUCCUCGAUAUUUUGGCAGUGCUUGCUAGGAAAGGACUUUCCCUGCUAGAUCAAAAUUGGCAGAAGGGGGGGAGGUGGGUGGGAAAUGAACAGUGGAAAAAGAAAAGAGAGGCCAGCCUGGGAGAGUGCAACUCCAGAAAAGUUAUGCAAAGGAGUUGUAGAGCUCCGUGUAUUUUUACUAAGUAUUAUUUUGCGUUGCAACCUGGGAAAUUCUCACUUCAAAAUAAGAAUGAGUGAACCUUGUAAAAUCUGAAAUCUGAUGCAAUUCUCAAAAUUGGAGUUUUCUGUUUGGUAAGGUGAUCUUAAGUGUGCGAUUCUUCUUUGACCUUGCUGACCAGCUUGAGUGGAUUUAUUCCUAAAUUACAUCCAUUGCGGUAUAGGAGGACCAGGCCCACAAUGUUCAACUUUUUGUUUGAAUUCUUUGUUCUUUCCUUUGGAUGCUUUUGAUUUUUUUUCUUCUUUUUUUUCCCCCCAUAUUUUUCAGUCACGCUCCUCUGAUUUCCUUUGAAUGCAUACUUCCUCCCUUUCCCCCUUUUAUAUAAUGUUUGAGUCAAGUUAAAUUUUCAACACAGUUUUAAAAGUGGCUUCAAAACUAAGCAAAACAAAUUUUCCUGUGCUUUGAUGAGUGUGGCUAUGGCACAUCUUUGAGUGAAUGAGAGACACCCUUUUGUGAAGGAAUGCUGUGACAUAAAUAAGAAAAGAAAGUUUCUAGGUGGAGCCUGGGGGAGACACGAGGUUUAUUUAUGGUCCGUUUGUUUCUCUUACACUAUGGCAUAGAUAGGUGCUUUUCUUAGGGGUUCAAAUUGCAAUAUGCAAGCGGGCAACUUUGUUAAAGAAUUGAAGAGUUUAAACCUGAUAGAAAGCUUGAUCAGAAAUGUUCUUUUCACCAGAAUGGGUGGAAGAUAUGCUGGCAAUAAAUCUGAAAGUGUUUGCACAGAUCCAUCUGGCUAGGCAAAUGGUUAGCGUUUCUGUGCAGGUGACAAGUGAAAAUCAAAGGCCAAAUUCUCAGCUGUGAUCUGGCUGUGCCUUUGAAGGGUCUGGAAGUAGUCGAAUCUUCUUUCAGUGGACUAAUCCUUAGCUUCAGUUGAUUGGCACAGCAGAUUGAUAGCCCGUGGUCAAAGUUUUAUGCUGGGGGGCAGAUCAGGUGAGUGUUGAGUGGUCUGUGCCCAAGUAAUGAUCAAGUGGCUGAUGGAGACCAUGAGCAGCUGGGCUAAUUGAGGACAUGCAUGAGUGACCUAGACUCCUUUGGGAUGAGAAUCAGAGUAAAAAGACCCCAGAAGGUGAAACUAUGACUGUAUCUCUGUGCCUCUUUCUCUCUAUCCAAGUCUUGUAGCCGGUUCACGGCUGAGAGUCAGACCUUGCAGGACCUGGGAGACUGCAAGAGAUGUAUACUACAACGUGUAAUAUGGGUCCCAGGCUGCUAUUUCACGUAUAGCAUUGGACUGUUGAUGAUAGAAUGCACAGGAUGUGGGAAUGUUGUACAUGACUUUAUUAUGAUGUAGUGAUAUCAACAGUAACCUUGCUCUUUUUUUACUUAAGUGAUGCUCUUGAGAGGCCAGGUAUGGUCCUUCUCUUUUUGCCUCUUACAUCUAGAAGGAGCCUGAGCUUACAACACUCGUUGGAAAACCAUUACAUGCGCUAUGGCACAGAACUGGAAAUGGAGCAUCCAUACAAAAUUUCCAACUGCAGUAGUUUGCAUCUUUAGAUGUAUCUCUAGGAGCUGUAGCUGUUUCUUCCAUAAUUUGGUCACGUUAUUGCAGAUUGUCAGAGUAGAAGAUAGUCUACAAGAGAUUGUUUGUUUAUUUUGUUAAGCCAGAGGAAACAAAGCUAAUUCUUUGGCAAUUAUUGAUCAUAAUUACGCAAAUGAUAAAAUAUUUGUGGUAUGAGGAACAAUGGCCUUCUGUGUGUUGAGAACCUAGUGUUUGUGCCAGAAGUUACUGAAAUUAUUCUUUGCUUUCCUCUCUGAUGAGAACCAAGGAUGUUUUUUCUCAGACAGAGCUUUAAACGAUUCACUAGAAACAGCUGUCUCUUCCUGCCACCCAUCCCUAUAUACUGACUGUAUAAUCUGCUUUUUCAGGGCAUUGUUCAGUAGGAUCAAUGCUAGUUCAGGCUAUUUGACCAAGAUCGAUCUAAAUGUGCUACUUGGAUUCAUUUGUAGUUCCUGUUUCAUUUCAAAGACUUGUAAGGAGGGAAAAAGGAUUGCAAAAAUUCAUAGAUUCCAAAUAUUUAUUUAUUUGCUUCCAUUUUGGAAGAAAUUUUUAAUGAUACCACAGGGGAAAAAAAAAAAAUCUAUUUUUAAGCUGUCAGUUUGUUUCUGAAGUACCUUCUGACACUUGCAUGCCUACACGUUCAAAAUGAGAUAUAAAAAAAAAAAACUUAUUAUGAGUAUAGGACUGAUUUAUUGUACUGUGCUAUGAUUUUGUAUUACAGCAUAUGAAACAAUUACCAUAACUAGCUUUCCAAAGUACCUAUGGACAAUGUAAAUAGGAAUUUAUUGUUAACAGUGAUUCUUCUUUACAUUUAAUCUCCUUGUAGAGUGAUCAGAAACAGUAAAGAGCCUGCAAUAUACUCAGUAAUACUGGCAGGUUCUGAAUACUGUGUAAUUCAGAAGCACAAACAAAAGCAGGAAUAUGCUAAAUAUAAUGGCCCAAAUGUUCAGUACUGGUAACUCAAAUCCUAAGGGAGAAUGUUGCAGGUGUCAGUACAGUGACCAAAUGGCUUGCUAGGGAUGGUUUUGAGUGAGAUGAACUCUACAGGAGCUGGUUUUUGGUUUUUGUUUUUGUUUUUUUGUUUUUUUUUUCUCUAUUAGCUUUGUCAGACAAUCUUUUUUUUUUUUUUUUGUCAGUACCAUAGUGAUUUAAAACCAACCAAACACUUCAGAUAGAUCAUUCUAUCAACAGGAAAGGAAACUGGAUAGAAAGCCAAAAAACCUUACCAGGAAGCAGAGAGAGAUCUCCACUGACUGCUGUUUCCUCGGAGACAUUGUUACCAACAGCAGAACUCCCACACAUUGCAGUGAUGCAGCCCCAAACAGUGACACAGGCAUUUAAGAAAACCACUUAAAAACUCAGUUCAGGAAGAUUGCCUUCACGGGCAUUGAAGUGUAUUUUAUAGUCAGCUGUGAGCAAGGUCAAAUUUCUAUCAGCCUGCUAUUAACAGGUUUGACUGUAAUAGUGAAAAUAAUGAAGCCCACCAAGGUGGCAAAACUAGACCCUGUCCCACCAUGGUGACCUGAGCUCUUAAGAGCUCGCCAGCAGAACUGGAGUCUAUUUUUCCUCCUAUAAAAUGGACUCAUCUCCAUCAAGUGGAUGUUGGUGGCACGUUUCUUCUCCCAUGUGUCUUUUAAAGGGGAAAAAAAAAAAAGGCAGAUUUUGUAGACUGUUUAGUCAUCCACUCUACAUUACCCUGUGAUCAGGCAAGUAGGCCAUGUGAUAAUUGAAUAAAAGAGGUAAAUAAUUUAAUAAAGAAUGUGACUAGAGCUUUUCUGUUAAUGGGAGCUAAAAGUUAUUGAUUACAGAGAGUUCAAGCGUAGCCUUCGACAUCUCGUCAUUUUCAUAAUUCAGGAUGGACCUUGCAAAAAAUUGGGGGAAACUAAGUGACUGUAUUUAAUAGGAUUUAACCAGUAUUUCUACAGAAAAGUGAAUGAACUCAACUUUUUAAUAUACACGGAGUUCUGUCUCCUUCCACUUUCUUGCAUGCCUCCUGUAUGUCCUUUGGCCACAUUGUACCUUACACUGUGUAGCACCGUGUCUGUGUGCAAUGUGAGCACAUCAGAGUGUGCAGUGUAUAUUUACCCAGUUUAUCCAAAGCCCAACAUUCCCAUCUCCCUUGUCCUAUUGGAAGUGGAGGGAAGGCCAGAAUGGCGGAAAUGACAACACAAGUUGUGUAAGAGACACAAAAUGUCCACAAAUUGGACAUUUUCCCAUAGAUGCUGCAGGAGAUUUCCUAGGAGAACCUUUCUCGGUGUGAGAAGCUGGAACGUGGUUUCUGUUUCCACUGUUGGGAAUUGCAAUACAGACAGCUGACAAAAAUUUACCCUUGGAUUUAUUUAAUCCUUACAUUGAGUAAUGGAUUAGCAAAAUGGCAACCGUAGUGUUGAGAAGCUAGGUGAAAUAUAAUGUUUAAUGAUGAGAUACAUAAGGCCAAGGAUGAUCAAAAUUUUAGAAGUAUUACAGCAUAGAGUUGGAGGAGCAAAACUCUCUAAAUAAAAUUUCUCCCUCAGUGAAAAUCCAAAGGUUAAAUAGCCUUAAGGAGGUCAGUAUUAAUACCACCCACUCCCCCCUCAAAGCCCCAAAGAACUAGGAAAAAAUCCAGGAAAAAAGAAACCCAUGAAGUGACAAUAGCAUCUUUUUCUCCCAAAUAUUUUUUAUUUCUUCAAAACCUCAUAUGUAUUUUACUGUGUGAUUCCAAGGUAGGUUACUUAUAAGGACCUGUACUGGUAUUCACUGAAAUCAAUACAUGGUUUUUCAUUGACUUCAGUGCACUUUAAACAGGAUGUCUACUGGAAGGAAAAAUGCACCAUUUUGAAAGAGUCUGAUGUGCACUAAUUUGUACAGUCUUCAUUUGUACGUCUCUCCUCAAAGUCAAGAUGUAGCUUUUUUGGAGAAUAUGAGUGUGGUGAGCAGUUUCAGCAUGUUCUGAGUAAAUCAGACUCUGAAAGUAAGUUUUUGCCACAUCCCAAGCAAGUGAGAGUAGUGUGAAGUACAGAGCACUCUGAAAAGAUCUCUCUCCGCUGAUGUUAUGUGCUGUGUUCUUAACUGGAGGGAAUGAAAAACACAAUUAUUGUAAAAUUGGUAGAAUUUGCAAAACAUACUUUGUUUUCACAUGAAUUUAGACAAUGCAGUAGGUAUUUAUUUCAGAAUUGACUAGCAUUGCCUUCCUGCCUGUACCUUAAUGCAUGUACAAAUAUCUUUUAGAACUUCCUUACGCUUUUCAUGUUAUUCCUCUAGAAAGGACUUCAAAGCUAACCAGUUACUGUCCACUGCGGUUCACUGUUUUGUGGUCAUAAUUCUAUUUUCAUUUUCUUGUGCAAGAGAAACUGAGAGCGUGAUGACUUCUUUAAAAUAAAAAUAACAACAGCAAAAAUAAAAAGCCUUGGAGAUUCCCUUUUUAGAAAACCAUCCAAAUUCCCAUCAGUUAUUGAAUGCUCUUUUUAAAUAAUAGCAUAGUUUUAGCAUUUAAAAAUAGUAAUGUGAUCACAGCCAGGAUGCAUAUUUAUAUGUAUCCAUUCAAAUAAUAUGAAUCCCCUGAAUUGUAAGGGAGGCAGACUCAAGACAUACUUGCAAGCAGUCUUGUUUUGAACAAGACUUUGUUCCAUUUUCUGGCUGGAAAGCACCGUGUGAGGUAGGUUGUUUUAAUUAUCUUCAUGUCUUUAUUUUCAAGAAAAAGAUCCUGAGGAAAAAUACAGUAUUACUGAAUUAAUCCUCAACUAGCACAGAGAUCAAGGUGGUUUCUUGCCGGUGGUCUUGCUGUUGGUGAUCUCUUUCAACAUUUGCUGUGUGUUUUUGUGAAUGUUGUAUCCAUGUUGCUGUGACUGAUGUAGCACUCCACAGGUGAUCUGAUGGCAUAAAGAAGCAUUUAAAGAAAUAAGCAUUAUCUGUGAAUAUGUUUUUAUCCUUGGAAAAAACUUAGCUGGAGGUUGGUACAAGAAGCAGGUGGCAGUAUGAAGCACUCAGCUGGACUUCUGAGCUCGAUGCAUUACAAAAUUUAAUCGAGUACUGCUUUGUCUUCCCUCAUCAUCUUGUGCUGGUGGCUCAUCUCCAUGGUAAGUAAAAAUGCUCAGGGAUGGAGGACUUGAAGUCAAGAAGACGUACAAGUAUUUCUUUAAAGUGCUUUCAAAGUAUGAGAUAGUUGAACCUUAUUACUAAAGGUAAUUUCAUAGUCUGCUUUACAGUCACAAGCUUGAAAAUCUGCCAUUCUUCUAGAAUUUACCACAUCAUGAAAUGAAUAAUAACAUACUUUAAAAAGUUUUUUUUCCCCUGUAUGUACAUGCAGUUCGGUUUUUAUUAAUUUGUGGCAACAUUCUUUGGCACCAAACCAGUGGUGGAGAUUUGAGGAAUUUUAGAUAACCAGAGUUCUUGUAGAAUUACAUGAAAAUACAAUUUUGUGUUAUAGAUGCAUGUCUUUUCAGAUCAGUGCCAGCAGCACAUUCAUGGUGGAAACGAAUCCAGUUGUGCAAAAUCCUGGCCUUGAGUGUUUAACCCAUAUUGGAAGAGCUCAUGAAGCAUAUUGGGCAGGGCAGGACUCGGGGCAUGUUUGCUGUAAGAGGAGGAAUGGAGCUCACUUACAGUUUGGGGGUUUGAGCUGGGUUGAAGCUGACGUGAAACCACAGCAUGAGGAUUCGCAUCCUGCCUCCACUGGCAUGGUAACAGAGGGUCUCUCGGGCUUUCUUGAACCUCAGUCAUUUUUCCUCCACAAAGGUGAUUUUGUGAAUUACUUCAAUGACAAAUAAUGGAGACGAAAAAAUAAAAACAUAAGCAGGUCAGAAUUUAUGAAAGAGCCUAAAUCAAUAAAGUUAUUUGAAGAGAGAGAAAAGGAAGAGAAGUGAAAACAUGAGUAAGGAUGAAAAAUUUAGUUUCUUGCUACCAAGCAGUUAUUUUAAGAUAUGUCCUAUUAGAGGUACUAGAACAGCAUCUGGCAGGAAACAGCCUAGAAAUAAUUAUUUCUUCAUUAUAAGUAUAAUGAGAAAGUAAUAAAGAAAAUAAGUUGCUAAUGUCCUCUUAGAAACAUUUGUGUUCCAUUGAAGUUGUUUUCAUUAAAAAAGGGUAUUUUCAUCAUCAGCCAGGAAGAAUUAGGAGACAGAAUGGUAAGGGAAAAAGAUUUUUAUUAUUACUGUUUCCCUCCUUUCUAGAGCAUUUCUCAACAAAAAAAUGUAAACAGUAAUUUUUUUUUUUAAAAAAAACUCUUUCUGGGAGUCCAUAUAUUUAAUUUUGAGUAAUGAAACACUUUGGAACUUUUAGCAUUUAACUUGCUUUAUGUUUAAGAGACUGAAUACAAAGAUUGCUGCCUCUGAUUUAAUUCAGUUACAGAAGGGAGGGGUGUGUUUAAGAAAAAAGCUUUCAUUACAGUUACAGCCAGUUUUUGGAAGUAUCAUGCCUUUGUACUAAAUCUGAAGACUUCAUUGCUGGUACCUGAAUUCAUUGGGAGCUUUUAGUGCUGAACAUUUCUGACAAUCCGGUCAGUACUACAGGUUGUGGGCUGCAGCUGCAGUUAAAGUAGACGUGUCUGAAAAUGUACAUCCACAACCUCGGCACUUGCACUGCGAGGAUCCCGUGAAAGGCAAAGAUGCAUUUGUAACCCACCAUAUGGCUGCAUGAGAGCUGUUAGGUUGCUGAUGGGGGAGAAGGUAGGAAUCUGUGGUGGGAAGUAGAGGGGAGGAAGGAGAGUGAGACUGCCUCUCCCAGAGACAGUGCAGAUCUUACACUGGAUUAAGCCACUUACGAAGAUGCCCCCUAAACUCCUUUCAGCUUGGGCACCGGCUGAGCACAAUGUGGAAUUCAGCACCAACUGCAAAUCCUGCCCAAGGCUCAGCACAGUUAAUCUGUCCUAAGGUUUCUGAUUCUGUGACUGGAAGACUGGAAAGAUGUGAGCUAGCAGCGGCUGCCAGCUGGGAUGCAUCCAGCUUGCUGUGCAUCCAAGCUGUACCGUGGGGAAUCGGGGUCCUCGGAGCACUGGGAGUGGGAUGGAAAAUGCUUUCUUGGAGUACAAAAUAGGGCAGACUGAAGCUGAAGAACACUCGUCCUUCAGCUCGGCACUGCUGAUACUCACUGUAACGG